ACAUUAUUACCCGUCCAGAAUAAAAUUAACCGCUCUUAUUCCUCAACUGUUAAAAUAUUUGGCCAGAUCUUAAAUUUUCCCCUCCUUUCAAGCAAUCAGCCAAUUUCUUACACUCCUCAAUUUUGCAUCGAUCAAUUAGGGUUUUGCGAAAAGAAAAGCAAGAAUGGUGGCAAAUCAUCAAGAACAAAUCAGCAAUUACGUCUUAAAACAAGCGAAACUCAACUUCUUAUCUAGCAAAGAAAUUGAUAUGAAUGAUGAUGAAUCCGAACCUGUUCCGACGGAAUUAAAUACCAUUAAUAGUUCCGGUGGAUUCCUAGUAGUUUCUACUGAUAAGCUGACGGUGAAAUAUACGAAUGUUAACUUACAUGGUCAUGAUGUCGGUGUGAUUCAAGCCAAUUGUCCUGCUCCAGUGAAACGACUCGUGUAUUAUUUUGAGAUGACUGUAAAGAAUGCUGGAACUAAAGGUCAGGUUGCUAUUGGUUUUACUUCUGAAAAUUUCAAGAUGCGUCGACAACCUGGGUGGGAAUUAAACAGCUAUGGCUAUCAUGGAGAUGAUGGGUUGCUUUAUCAUAGUCAAGGGAAAGGAGAGCAAUUUGGCCCAAAAUUCACUACUGGUGAUACAGUUGGUGGAGGGAUCAAUUAUGCUUCCCAAGAAAUAUUUUUUACUAAAAACGGGACCAUUGUUGGCAAGGUGUACAAAGAUGUUAAGUGUCAAUUGUUUCCAACGGUAGCCGUCCACAGCCAGAAUGAAGAGGUUACUGUCAACUUUGGGAAGGAACCCUUCCUUUUUGAUGUUAAGGCUCACGAAGAAGAAGAAAGGUUGAAGCAGCAAAGCAUGAUUGAAAAGAUGUCUUUACCACAGAAUGUUAGUUAUGGAAUUGUCCGAUCAUAUUUGAUACAUUAUGGCUAUGAAGAUACGCUUAAUGUGUUCGACAUGGCCACUAGUAGUUCUGUUCCACCCAUCAGCAUAUCUGAAAAAAAUGGGUUUGUUGAGCAAGAUAACACGUUUGCGCUCAGUCAAAGAAAGACUCUUCGUCAGUUGAUCAGGACGGGGCAGAUUGAUGCUGCUUUUCGUAAUCUUUGCGAAUGGUAUCCUCAGAUUUUUAAGGAUACAAUCUCUCCCGUCUCUUUUUUGCUUCAUUCUCAAAAUUUCAUAGAAUUGAUGCGGGUAGGAAAUGUGGAAAAUGCUAUCACAUAUGGAAGGAAAGAGCUGGAAAGAUAUUUUCAUCUGGAAGAAUAUAAAGAACUUGUUAAGGAAUGUGUUGCCCUGUUGGCUUAUGAAGAACCCUCAAAAUCCCCGGUUGGACAUCUUCUUGGAGAAGCACAACGUGAAGUUGUUGCUGAUGCUGUGAAUGCAAUGAUCUUAUCAGCUAAUCCUGAGCUGAAAGAAUCACUGAGCUGCUUGCAUUCUCAGCUUGAGAAAUUACUGCGGCAGCUAACUGCUUGCAGCUUGGAAAGACGAUCUUUAUAUGGAGAUCAAGGUGAAGCUUUCAAUCUACAUCGAGUGUUAAACAGUGUCAACAAGUUCACACAUUAGAUUUUUAGAAAUAUAUGAUCGUAUUGAUGGACGCUGCAAGCAGGAAUCAAAUGAGUGUCAGCCCUAGCUUUGAACAAGCGUAACAUUUGUACUGAAUCUAUGGCUUUUUUUUACUUCCCUGUAAAGUUUUAAAAGAGAAGGCAAAGUCGAUAUUAAUUUACAUGUUGAAUCUUUACAUUGAACAUAACAAACGAGUAAUGGAAAUAUAACCUUUCAUACA